AUGGGUACUUUGCUUUCUAGUUUUACCUCAUAAAAACCAAAAAAGGAAUAAUAAUGCAUUCUCUAAUCUAAUUCAAAGGAAUAAAAAUAAAAUUAGUAACCUUCUUUAAGUUUUAAAUCAACUUAAUCGCAUGGAGAAUAAACAUCUUAACAUGAGGAGUUCUCAUUUAAUGAAAUAUAAAAAAAGGGAUAAACAUCGAAGAUCACAAAAAAAGGUGAUAUUAAUGAAAACUAAUAACAAUUACUAGAAUCGAUAAGGAUAGAUUAAACCGGUAAGUUAACAAGGCAAAUAAAUGAUUUUAAGUAAAAUAAAGUUUGUUAUGAAUGCAAUGAAUUAAUUGAAGAUACCCUUAUAUAAAUAGUUUGCGACCAUAUUUUUCAUUAGCAUUGUUUUAUAUAAAAUAUUGAAAAAUAACUAUAACAAAAGGAAAAAUUCAUAAUUAAGUGCAAAUGUGGUACUAAAUUGAACUCCAACAUCUUAAGAUAAAUAGUAGAUGAUGAAAUUAAAUCCAAAAUUCUUUAUCAAAUAUUUUCACUUUAAGUAUAAAAAUUAAUUUAGUCAUCCAAUAUUAGAAAGCUUUGUGAUGUCUAAUAGAUUUAACAGUUAAUAGAAUAAAAUACAUCCAAAGAAGACUAUGAUUUUCAAUAUGCAGAAAAAAAAUAAAAACUGUAAAAAAGGAUUACUGAAUUCGUAAUAGAUCAAAGUGGGAUUUUACACAUUAGUUAGCAACAACUAUUUAUUGUCAGUAUUUGUUUAUAUUGCGGCAAAGAGUUAUAAUAAGAUUUGCUAAAAUUUAAUUGCGGGCAUGUAUAUCAUUAAGAUUGCUUUAUUAAUUGGUUAUAAUAUCAAAUUUUAGAUAGAAAAAACACUAUAAUUAAGUGUAGAUGCGGAACUAAAAUAAAUACUAAUAUUAUUAGAAGGAUACCUGAAAGUGAAAUUAGAUUGAAAUUGCUGAACUAUUUGUUUUCAGUACAAUUAUCAAAAAUAUUACCAAAUUUAAGGAAAAUUGAAGAUUUUGAUUAAAUAUGGGAUCUUUAUUAUCAAAAUUAGUAUCAAGUAGAUCAAGAUUACAAUAGCUCAUCAGGGUUUUUAUACUUCAGUAAUUAUUCAACACCAGGAGGAGAUUGA